AUGGCGUCCCAACAAUCCCCCUCCGCUUCCACAAAUUCUCUGCAGUCAGAUGCUGCUCCGACUAGCGCCGCGAGUUCGACUGCUACCUUGAUUCCGAAGGUCAGAAAAAUCGCUAUCAAUCCCCAGAUUGCCAUGCUCAUUUUCUCGCUGCAGAAGAACACGCAAACUCCGACGUCAAGCUCGCUCUCUCAUGCACAUCCUGCCCAGUCGAAGGAUUGGGAGGCCGCUCUGGGGACGUUGGCCACUUCGUAUGGCUUCAGUGGCGAGAGCCCUCUGAAGGCCACGAGCAAGAAGGCAAAGCUCAAAGCCCCCAAAGCUAGCGCAAAGAGCAAGCCAUCGGAUUCAUCCAAGAAUAAACUGGUUACCUUCGCCGAGCCGAUGGUCCCCUCUCAGCUCUUUCCCGCCGCUGUGGGAGUUUUAGGGGCUCAAUCCGACAACUUGACGCAAGCUAAGUCCUGCAAGCCCAUCUGCCACACUUGCGCCACAAUCCGGCUACAUCCGAGGAAACUUGUCCUCGCCCUACCCAAGAUUCUCGCGGCGUUUGCCCAUCAUCCACGUACUUCUGCGACAACAUAUUCUUGGGCGCACUCUACUAUGAAGGCUCAAUACUGCCAGGCAACCCGGGAUCUGGUCGAUACAGAUAAUGGCUGGCACUUCAGCGCUCUCCAUGCGUCUGCGACAGAGGUUCUCGACUUUCACAUCGAGGAUAUGGCUUCGAAGAUGCAAAGCGUGGCGCCUGAGCUAUGCGACCUCAUAGUUGCACUCCUUGUGGGUGGCAAGUCACGCGGUCUCAAAUGGAGCACCUCAGAUGAGGACGAAGAAGGUGCUUUACUCGACGCUGAUGAAAUUGAGUACCGGAGUCAACUGGGCGAUGAUCCCCCGGUGUGGAGUAGUGAAGUUUCAGGAGAAAGCAGUCGUGAUAUUGUCUAUAGUAAUGCAGUCCUUGAGUCAGAGAUGUUGUCGAAACGCGCUGACCCGCGCGGUCAGGAACGAGCUCGCAAGCUCGGGCGCGCGAGUAGCCGGGGGCCGGAGGCCCCUAUCGUAGUAUAUAACGACCCCGCGCGAUGUACGUACCGCACGCGAUUGUCCCUUACGGGCAUCGCUAGCUCGUGGACAAACGCGCUCGCCGCGCCGUCGCACCGGUUGUUCCAACAGAUGUAA